GAAUGGAGGCUGGACUCCCUGGUCGUCCUGGGCCCAGUGCAGCACCAGCUGUGGCAUUGGGUUUGAGGUCCGUCAGCGAUCCUGCAACAACCCAGCACCCCGACACGGAGGACGCGUAUGUGUGGGUCAGGCACGAGAGGAGAGGUUGUGUAAUGAAAAGAAUCCAUGUCCUGUUCCGGUGUCCUGGGUCUCCUGGAGCGCUUGGUCCAAAUGUAGUGUUCCCUGCGGUGGUGGAAUCCAAUCCCGCGUUCGGACCUGCGAGAACGGAAACACGUGUCCUGGUUGCCCUCUGGAGUAUAAGGUGUGUAAUUUGGACGCGUGUGCCGAAGUGAGGCGGACCACCCCGUGGACACCCUGGUACCCUGUUAAUGUGACUCAGAUGGGGGCGAGACAGGAGCAGAGGGUCAGGUACACCUGCAGGGCUCUCCUCGCUGACCCUCACGACCUUCAGCUCGGCAAACGCAAGAUAGAGACUCGCCUCUGUCCCACCAGUGACGGAGCUGCUGCCUGCGAGACUGACG